AAGCGGACGGCUGGAUCUGCCGCUUGCCAAAGGCGUUGAGGACAGAGGCAGCGGGGACGCGAGAAUAUGAUGGUCAUUGGAUGGAUUCUCGUGGUGCUGAGCAUCUUCCGUGCCGCCUCAUGCUCUGAGAUCGGCUCUGCAGAUCUGCCAUCGUCAGGCAGUCGUGUGGCGUCGCUGCGUCCGCAGCUGCAGGAGCUGCUGAGUCGCAGCACACCGCGCGACAAGAAGGUGUCGCUUGCAGAGACGCUGAUAGAUGAGCUGCGGAACGACCCUGCCGCAUCGGCACGGAUUAUCGAAGAGGUGAUUGAUGUAGGCACGCACACACACACACACACACACACACGGAGAGAAGACUGGUGCGGCAUACAGACAAGCGCAUGCGUGUGUGUGUGUGAUUUGCCGUGUGGUGUUCCUGCAGGUGUUGGAUGAGCCUGACGUGAAGGGCCUGUUGAGUAUGGUCAAGUUUGCGCUAUCUGAGUACCGCAGCAACCUGAGGAGCCUCCGCCGACUGCUGGUCGACAUCAUUCUGCCGGAAAUACAGCGAGACGGAGACGAGGGGGAACAAGGCAAGUCCACACAUGCGUCCAUCCAUCCAUCCAAGUGCAGUUUCACAUCAUAUGUGCGCUGUUUGUCGUGUGUGUGCAGAUGACCUGGCUCUUCUGAAGGAUGGCCUAAAACUCAUUGCCCGCGUCCUGCCAGAAGCCAAGUCAGGUGUGUGACUCCCAAUGGACAUCUCGUUCCGUCAUGUCUAUCUGAUUCUUCGUUUUGUCGUGUCGUGUGGAUGCGUUGCAACGAAAUGGAAUGCAGCCCGUGCGCUCGAGAGCGAGGCCCGGCGUCGCAUGCGUCGCACCAGCCCCAAGGAGAUGCUCACACGCACGCCCAGCGGCCUCGAGACCCCCAAGUACCUCGUCAUCAAGCGCACGCGGAGAUACGAAAUCCGACAGGUGUGUCGCCCAACGUCCAUGCGGCCCUCUGCAAUGGUCUCCCUCUCUGCGUGCCCCUCUGCCCUCUGCCAGUACUUGCCUUACAGUGUGUGCGAGACGGCCAUGGAUGACGAGCCCUACCGCACCGCCAUCGACCCCGCCCGCCGACGCGUUCAGAACCCCAAGCGAUACUCGGCCUUCUACCGCCUCGCCAACUACCUGUUCGGGGGCAAUCGACGCAAGGAGAGCAUGGCCAUGACCACACCCGUCCUGAUGGACUUCACCGAGCCAAGACCGUCCCCUUUCCGACGCGCUUUGAACGCAAUUGGCGUGGGUGGUCGCCGAGUGCGGAUGUCGUUUGUGAUGCCGUCCAAGUACUGGGAGAGGGAGGGGGGCUCUAAGACCCCGCCGCGGCCGGAGGGGUGGGGCGUACGGGUGCGGUACGUGGAGCCGCAGGUGAUGGCCGUGGCAUACUUCGGGGGCAUCAGCAACAAGGCCAAAGUCGACGCUGCCAGAGACAAGUGAGCCGGGGCGGGAAGAGUGGGCGAGUAAGGGCUGGCUGUCAUUGAUCUGAUGGAUGUGUGUGUGCAGGUUGCUGUUGGGGCUGGCCAAGGACGGCAUCGACGUGGAAGACCCCGAGUCGUACACGCUGCUGCAGUACAACGACCCCUUCACCGCGCCCUGGAUGAGGCGCAACGAGGUGGCCGUCAAGGUCAGCUGGCCGCCCUCCACCAGAUCUUUCCUCAAGAAGUGAAGUGAAGCGCUCUCUUCCCUUGUCCGCUCUGGCAUCUCCUACCUAGCUUCGCUGUCUUGUACAUACACACAUGCAAUCAAUAGGGUCUGUCUGUCUCUGUUUAUCUGUGGCUCUUUGUGAGAGAGGGAGGGAGGGAGGCGAGAUGGAUGGAUGGAUGGAUGGACGAGUGAGUGAUUAGUCAGUCGUUUAAGCGUGUGAGAGACUGGCUUGUAGCGAGCGAGCCAGCGAGUUGUGUUGUAUCCUCCCAUGCAUGUAGCUGUGGCAAAGACGGACAGCGUAGCAGUCAGUGGAUGGGGGUGGAUGAGAUGAGAUGCGAUCGAUGGUGCAGCGACUAUCUAUUGACAUUGGUGGACUCACACGGCAGUCAGACGGACGGAUCCGAUCCGGACACGCAUGCACUAUACAACAUGUAUG